UGGCGGGGCCAUGGGCCGCUACUCGGGCAAGACGUGCCGGCUGAUCUUCAUGCUCGUGCUCACCGGCGGCUUCUUCGUGGCCGAGCUGGUCUCGGGCUACCUGGGCAACUCCAUCGCGCUGAUCUCCGACUCCUUCAACAUGCUGUCGGACCUGAUCUCGCUGUGCGUGGGGCUGAGCUCCGGCUACAUCGCGCGGCGCCUCAGAGGGGACUUCAAGGCCACCUACGGCUACGCGCGCGCCGAGGUGGUGGGCGCGCUCAGCAACGCCGUCUUCCUCACCGCGCUCUGCUUCACCAUCUUCGUGGAAGCCGUGCUGCGCCUGGGCAGGCCCGAGCGCAUCGAUGACGCCGAGCUGGUGCUCAUCGUGGGCGUCCUGGGGCUGGCGGUGAACGUGGUGGGGCUGCUCAUCUUCCAGGACUGCGCCUCCUGGUUCGCCUGCUGUGGCCGCCGCCGCAGCCAGCAGCCCCUGGCCGAGGGCGCUCUCGGGGAUCUGCAGGGCGCAGAGGGCCGGUGGCACGCCACCACCCCGACUGCCCCGGGCCAGGACUCGGCCGUGACCCUCCGUGUGACCUCGUUGGAAAGGAAGGAGGAGGAGGGGGCGACCGUGUACUCAAACGUAGCAGGUGAUCCCCCAAACACCCAGAAUGAGCCAGAAGAGACUGUGAAAAAGGAGAAAAAGUCCGAAGCCCUUAACAUUAGAGGUGUACUUUUGCAUGUGAUGGGAGAUGCCCUGGGGUCCGUGAUUGUGGUCAUCACGGCCGUCAUAUUCUAUGUGCUUCCCCUGCAAACUGACGACCCGUGUAACUGGCAGUGCUACAUUGACCCCAGCCUGUCUAUAGUCAUGGUCAUCAUCAUUUUGUCAUCUGCCUUCCCACUCAUCAAGGAGACCGCUGUCAUUCUGCUGCAGAUGGUCCCCAAGGGAGUCAACAUUGAAGAGCUGAUCAGUAAACUCUCUGCCGUGCCCGGAAUCAGCGGUGUACAUGAAGUGCACGUCUGGGAACUUGUAAGUGGAAAGAUCAUUGCCACCCUGCACAUCAAGUUUCAGAAGGACACGGACUAUCAGGAUGCCAGUAUAAAAAUUCGAGAAAUCUUCCACAAAGUGGGAAUCCACAAUGUAACCAUCCAGUUCGAGAAGGUGGACUUGAAGGAGCCCCCGGAGCAGGACUUGUUGCUCUGCAGUUCACCCUGCAUCUCCAAGAGCUGUGAGAAGCAGCUGUGUUGUCCCCCCAGGGCUCUACCUCUGGCGCAUGUCAACGGCUGUGCUGAGCACAAUGGCAGUGCCCCCCUAGAUACAUACCGAAAUGACAACCUCGGGAGAGGAGAAACCACGGAAGUGGCUAUUGAAGUAUCUUCGGACAGCUUUCUGAGUGACCGUGGACAAGCUCUUAGCAAAACUCAGGAGGACCAAUGUUAUGUCAACAGCACACAUUUUUAGUCUGGUACCCACAUAAACAGACUGUAUAGACAAGGCACUUUGGAACCACUGGCUUGGCUUGUGGAAAGAGCUUUGUGGGUUGUAGGCACCGACCAAACUCACAGUGUGCACUCUCUGUGUUCAGUAAGGGGUUGGCUGUUGGGGAUGUUAGUUGAACAUGUCUGUUAAUUUUGAUGUGACUGAUAACCUCUUUACACUCUCCUGGGUGUCUCAUGCUGCUCUUCAACAGUUUUAGUCUGAACAUUUAUUUUCUGAAGCAACUGUACUAGUCUAUAGAUCAGGGAUAUUGAAGGCUGGGACUCAAUGGCUGUGGACACAGAAUUCAAAGUAGCGUUUGUU